AUGCCAGAGCGGAGCAGUGGGCUGAAAAUAGAGGGGGGUGGCACCAGGCAGGGCCCUGCUCAGACACGGAGACAGCAGAGCAGGCAGGAGAGCCGGACAGGGCCUGGGGAAGGGACAUACGCUUCUGCUUCAGCCCAGCUGACAGGCAGACGGACAGACGGCAGGACGGACACGCGGGCGGCGGCUGUGAUUGGCGGCUCGGCGGCAGGCUGGUGGAAGAUGUCGUCGGGAGCCGGUGGGAGGGGCGGGCGGCGGCUCAGGGGUUGGGGGGGAGGGGAGGCAGCGGAGGAAGGCCCAGUGGGCAUCCCCUUCCCCGAGCACAGCGCAGACAUCCUGGGCAGUCUGAACAAGCAGCGCCUCAGCGGCCUGCUGUGCGACGUGCUCCUGAUCACCCAGGAUAGGGAGUUCACUGCCCACCGCUCAGUCCUGGCAUCUUGCAGCUCCUACUUCCACAAGCUGUUCACCUCGGGCCCCACCGCCAACCAGCAGAAAGUCUACACCAUAGACUUUGUGACGGCCGAGGCCCUGGGCGCCCUGCUGGACUUUGCCUACACAGCCACGCUGACGGUCAGCCACAGCUCCGUGGGAGAAAUCCUGGCCGCCGCCCGCCUGCUGGAGAUCCCGCCCGUCCAGGAAGUCUGCACUCACCUGCUGGACACCAAAGUGCUCUCCCCGCCGGGGGGCAGUGAGCGAGGAGAGGAUGAUGAUGAUGAGGGGGAGGGAGGGAAGGGUGGAGGAAGAUGGGGUCAGCAGGGGAAUCGACUUCGGGCCCGGGAGUAUCUAGAAUACUUCCAGAGAGGGGCCCACUGGAGCAGCAGCUGCAGCACGCCAGAGCUCAGGGACAUGCCCACACACCUGCACUUUAACCAUGACAACGGGGCCCACAGCAACGGGGCCCCCGGGGGCCCCAGCGAGUACUGCUCUCCCCUGGACCUUGCCCAGGCCGCCACACAGGACCCAGAUGAUGAGGAUGAGGAGGACGAAGUGGAGGUGGAUCACUCUGAGAGCCGCAGGGACAUGCUGACCUGGGCCAGGGGGAACGGAGGAGGGCCAGAUGCCUCUUUCUAUCGCCCAGCCCAGAACGGCCACUUCUACCUCCCCACAGAGCCCAAACUGGAGCCGGAGGAGGAGGGGGAGGAAGAGUGCAUACGGGAUGGGGAGAGAGGCUCAGCCAGCGCCCUCCUGCAGCAGAUGAUGGACUCCAUCGAGAGGCAGAAGGAGCGGGCCGCGGCCGGGGAGGAGCCGGGGGAGGAGGAGGACCCGGACGUGGAGUUUUACUUGAAUUACUUUAACAGCACGCAGCAUGAGGACGACGCCGCCGACGCCGCCGUCUCACAGGGACUGCUGCCCCGCUGGGCGGCACGGGGCGGCUCCAGCCAAGAUAGAGGGGGAGGAGAGAGGGGAGGAGGAGAAGAGAGAGGUGGGGUCGGAGGGGAGAGGAAGAUGCGCUCCAAGGCCUUCCAGAAGUGCCCCAUCUGCUCCAAGGUCAUCCAGGGAGCAGGAAAGCUACCCCGCCACAUCCGCACUCACACGGGAGAGAAGCCCUACGAGUGCGCCAUCUGCAAAGUGCGCUUCACCAGGCAGGACAAGCUCAAGGUUCACAUGCGUAAGCAUACGGGAGAGAAGCCUUACCUGUGCACGCAGUGCGGUGCUGCGUUCGCCCACAACUACGACCUGAAGAACCACAUGCGCGUGCACACAGGCCUGCGCCCCUACCAGUGCUCCAGCUGCUUUAAGACUUUUGUGCGUUCAGACCACCUGCACCGCCACCUCAAGAAGGACGGCUGCAAUGGUAUCCCCUCCCGCCGGGGCCGCAAGCCUCGGGUACGGGACCCCGGGCUCCUGGAGGUCCCCAUGGGGCUGGCGGGCCCCUGCCCUCGCAGCGGCAGGGAGAGACGGCGCAUGGAGGCGGCCUCGGCAGCGGCGGUAGAGGGGGCCUCCAGGGUCCAUGCACACAUUCCUCAGCCCCAGGAGAGGCCAGAGGAGCCGGGGCACUGAGACAGGGAGACAGGGAGGGACGCUGGACGCCAUAGUCAUACUUAGCCCCUGGAGGAGCCGCUGCCGAAACAAGAGGAGAAAAAAACAUGCUAAGACAAAAAAAAAAAACACAACUAACUAUUUCUCUAGAAACCAAAUCAGGGUGUCACAAAUCUAAUCUUUUCUGUUUAUUUUAUCCCUUUGCUUUAGGAAACAGAGUAGACAGACAAACACGAGUCAGUGUUCUGUUAAAGAGCAAAGAACGCUUCAAAUCACACCCCCCAUGAUGUCUCCUUUCUGGGUAAUUUCUGUCUCAUCUGGGUUUUUGUACAUUUGGCAAAAAUGCUUUAUCAUAUGCAUAACAAAACAACAGAAAGCCUGAGCAACUAUGCAGUUAAAAUAGGUUUUGAAUUCAGAGCCUUCAAACUAUGAGGUGUCCCACACCUACUGGCUGCUGCAGGGGUGAACUGAGUGUAAUCUCUCAUAUUCAGAUGGAAAGCAACCAAUCUUUUUCUAUUCUUUUGCAGUUCUAAAAUGUACAAUUACCAUAGAAACAGUAUUGUCAGAACAUGGCAAUAUAUGCAAGAUGAACUUAACCACACCUCUGAUGCAGCAUCCUUUUUUCUGAAGGCUUCAGAAAGAAUCAGACAAGGGUUUGAUUUAAGUGUUACUUACUCUAUAAAAUAUAUUUUAAAAAUCUAUGGUUCAUCUUUUUAAAAUGUUAAAUGUCGAGUCAAAUCCACGUUUGGGGACUCUUCCAUUGCAGGGGUAGGGAACGUGAGGGGAGGAGGGUGUGUGUUUCUAAAGCACAACCAUCAUCAUGUUGCCAGUUGGCUUGACCACAUCGUUGACUCUUACCCCUCACAAUCCUGCCAUUUCAGCAUUUCUAUUUUCUUUUUGAUUUGUCUUAAUUUUUUUUGUUGUUAUUGUUGUUUGUCCCUUUUUGAGUUGACUGCUUUGGGUACUUGACACUUUACAUUUGUAUACGUGUGUGUAAAUAUAUAUAUAUAUAUAUAUAUAUAUAUAUAUAUAUAUAUAUAUAUAUAUAUAUAUAUAUAUAUA